AUGCCCGAGGAACCUCCCGCGGCAAAGGAAAAUGAUGAUGAUCCAGGCAGGACAGAGUUAAUUGCAUUUUCAGCACUGCUCAGCCUUGCAGCAGCACCAGGCGCCAUCUGCUGGACGGUUCCAGGAACUGCAGCCAGAUCCUGUGUGAAGAGCCAUGGAGAGGAGCUCACACCCCGCAGAGGAGGGCAGCCGAGUUAUGUGCAGGACAAUUGCUAUCGGUGGGUACGGGACAGGAGAGCCCUAAGUGAUGUUCAUUUUGGGGGUUUAUGGGAAUUUUUGUGUCUGUACAGGGAGAACCUCGGUGCACACAGCAGUGUCAAUAUUCUCCUGCCACAGGACGUGGCCCAAUUGUUCCAGGCAGAGGGUAUCUUUCCACGGAGAAUGCAGAUUGAGUCCUGGGCAGCCCACAGAGACUUGCGCAACCACAAGUGUGGAGUAUUCCUGCUAAACGGCGAGCAAUGGCGCUCAGAUCGUCUCAUCCUGAACAAGGAGGUGCUGAACCCAAAUGGAGUGCGAAAAUUUCUUCCAUUCCUGGAUGAAGUCGCUCGUGAUUUUACUGUUUUUUUAAAACAGCGAAUCAACAAGAAUACACGAGGAGCACUAACAGUCGAUCUGUACUCGGACCUCUUCCGAUUCACAUUGGAAGCCAGCAGUUACGUCUUGUACGGGCAGCGCCUUGGGCUGUUAGAAGAAAGUCCCAAUCCAGACUCCCUGCGUUUUAUCAGAGCUGUGGAAACCAUGAUUAAGACCACACUUCCACUGCUUUUCUUGCCCACCAAACUCAUGCACCUGACAGACGCCCACAUAUGGAAGGAGCACUUGAAGUCCUGGGAUAUCAUUUUUGAGCAGGCUGAUAAAUGUAUACAGAACAUUUACCAGGAGUUCUGCCUGGGUCAGGGGCGCAGCUAUUCAGGUAUUAUGGCUGAGCUGUUGCUGCAGUCAGAACUUCCAUUGGACUCCAUCAAAGCCAAUAUCACCGAGCUGAUGGCUGGAGGGGUAGAUACGACUGCCAUGCCUCUGCUCUUCACCCUCUUUGAGUUGGCUCGUAACUCAUCUGUGCAGAAAGAGCUAAGGGAGGAGAUAUUAACAGCUGAAACUCAGAAUCCCAAAGACCUGAACCAGUUACUAAACGCACUGCCUCUCCUGAAGGGGGCGCUCAAGGAAACAUUACGAUUAUACCCCGUGGGGAUCACAGUCCAGAGAUAUCCCACAAAGGAUAUAAUACUUCAGAACUACCACAUUCCAGCCGGGACAUUGGUGCAGGUUAGCCUUUAUUCUAUGGGACGGAGUUCUCUCGUAUUUGAGGAGCCUUUGCUUUAUGAUCCUAGACGUUGGGUACGCAGAGAUGACACAAACUUCAAGGCUCUGGCAUUUGGUUUUGGGUCCCGUCAAUGCAUCGGCCGCAGAAUAGCAGAGACUGAGAUAAUGUUGUUCCUGAUCCACAUACUGAAGAAUUUCCAAAUUGACACGGUUUCUAAAGAUGAUGUUCAGACCGUGUUUAGGUUUAUUUUAAUGCCAAAGAAACCUCCACUUCUCACCUUUCGCCCCAUAUCACAGCUUCCUCAGACUAAGAGACAGCCCUAAACCACAGCCCAGCCCCAGGAGACAGCCCUAAACCACAGCCCAGCCCCAGGAGACAGCCCUAAACCACAGCCCAGCCCCAGGAGACAGCCCUAAAACACAGCCCAGCCCCAGGAGACAGCCCUAAACCACAGCCCAGCCCCAGGAGACAGCCCUAAACCACAACCCAGCCCCAGGAGACAGCCCUAAACCACAACCCAGCCCCAGGAGACAGCCCUAAACCACAGCCCAGCCCCAGGAGACAGCCCUAAACCACAGACCAGCCCCAGGAGACAGUCCUAAACUACAGAUCAGCCCCAGGAGACAGCCCUAAACUACAGCUCAGCCUCUAGAGACAGUCCUAAACUACAGCUCAACCCCAGGAGACAGCCCAAG